AUGGCCAUGGUGCUUUCCGUCCAGACAGGGCCGGUCAAUAACUACCAAGACUGUGAGGACCCAUCUCCACCUCCACCAGGCGAGGAGACUGGCUUGAAGUUGCUGCAUGAUGGGUUAGCUCCAGAAGUCGACAUCAUUGCUGUUCAUGGACUGGGUGGCCACCGCGAAAAUUCAUGGACAGCAGCCAAUGGGGUAAACUGGCUCCAUGGUCUGUUGCCAGGUGAUAUGCCUAACAUCCGAGUCCUUUCCUGGGGUUAUAGUUUAGCUACUGUGAAAAACUCCCAUGAGACAAUGUCCGAGCAGAAAAUAUCUGAGCAACUAGUCCGUGACUUGUGGGAAUUGAGAUCAUCCACAAAUAGGAUUGUCGUUGAUCAUCACCAGGCCCUGCUUUAUGCCGACUCGGCGCAAGAAACCCCUACUGCGGACCUUCGCAGGAUCAGCCUCUCAACACGCGGAGCGAUCUUCAUGGGGACACCUGAGCUAGAUUCAAGGCUCGUGGGACUUCAAAGCUACUUAGCUAGCGCCAAAGGAUCUGAGCAGGAGUCCAGCGACAUUUAUAAAGAGGCGCACUGGUUGAUGACUAUAUUAGAGAGCUACCCAUCGAUCAGCCAACAUAUUUGGACUCUAUUUGUUCAUGAGAGACUCAACUCUCCGUCAAGAAAUACUCCAUUGGGCCAGACUGCGUCGUCCCCACAGGAUAAAUCGUCACAUAUUUUCGUCCAAGCUGAUCAUAGUGGAAUGGUCAAGUUCGAAGCAUCGUUGGACGAGGGAUAUUUGCAAAUCAAAGAGCAUCUGGUGUAUGUCGAGAAGAUAUUGAAACAAUCGACUACGUCUGAGUGA